AUGACAGGUAAUAUUUGCGAUAUUGGUGACUGCGUCACAUUUGAGAUUGCAAGUCAACGCUCUACAACGAGCGAUACGCAAAAAAACGCCAGAAACGGUGAAUUUACAAGACUAUGCGACCAUUUUUUGAAAACGGAAAACAGCGAGUCGGGUCCAAAAAUCUAUUUCGAAUUCUUGAAGAAACGAUUCGAUUUAGGGUUACGGCGUGGCGGAGUAUUUGACAGCUCAAACUAUUGCAUCGAUGACGACUACGAAGUUGAAGCCAGUGGGAGUCAAGACUCUGACAGCGAGUCCGAAGAAACGUGCUCCGGAGACAUUGCAUACCGAUCCCCAACAUGUGAGAAGCCUCAUAGUGCUUCUGAGGUGCGAGACAGGUUGGAAAGUUUGACGAAUGGAAGCGACGGAUCAUCGUCCGCUGAGACUUUUCGUUCGGAUUAUCGCAGAAAUGGGAGUAGCUCAGAGGUAACGGGGCAAAUUGGAAAAAUCUUUAAGCUCUGUGGAUUGCCCCGUGAAGUUGCGAGCCAAAUGGAUCUCAAAUUUGAUCUUGCCGUUUCUGUAUGUGCUUUAAAGGAAUUGACAAGAGUUCGAAACGCACAAGCGCUUAGCACGCAGCGCGAGAUUGCGUUUCUGAGAAAUUUAGUUCGGGAUAUCAAGAGGGAUUGGAGUGACAAUAGUCAAGAACUGGAACGAACGCAUGCAGCUUUGAAAUCGGCACACGAAGUAUCUUUGCAACUGCGGAAACGAGUCGAUGUUCUUGAAGAGGAGCUCUUGACCCGUGAAGCCGACGCAAAACUCAUAGAGGCUCGUGAACAGCGGUUAAGAGAUAUUGUUGAGACCAGUUUAAAGCUAAGAUGGGAAGUUAACACAAUGCGACAAAAAAUGGCAGAGGCCAGUGAGCAAGGAAAUUCAGCCCUUUUACAUAACUACAACGUGGUGAGACUACAGGAAGAGAACGAGGAACUCUUAGCCAAAUUGGAUUCGACGCAAAGCCAGGUUUCGGAGAUGAAAUGUACACUUCGAGCGCUUCGAAGUCAUGAGAAAGCUGCCAAGUCGCUGGCAGACUUGUGUCAUGAAAAAGAUGCUCAAAUCGACAUCUUGGAAGAGAGUCUCGAGGGGAACAGAUCCAUCGUGCAAAGCGUUAGCGUUUUAAAGGCGGAGCUAUCGACUUUCCGCGAACGUCUCCAGGGACUCUUAGACACGAAUGCAACGCUUAUGCGUGAGAACGAACAACUGUCAAAAGAACGCAGCAGCAGCGAUUUUUUGUUGCAUCGUUUGUCGACGCUGGAGCAACGAUGCGUCGCAGCCCAAAAGAAUUCAAGACAUUACUACGAUCGCUGCCAACUGUUAGAAGGACUUGAGCAAGCGCACGAGCGACACGUGGUAGAAUUGCAAACGGAACAUGACGCCCAGCAGUCGCAACAACGGGCCGUCAAUGAGCAACUACGGUUGGAGUGUAAAACACUUCGAGACACUGUCAAAUUCUACAAAUGGAGACUAAACAGCGUCCAAGAGGACCCCACUUCAGGCCGCAAGAGCCGGCACGAGCGACUCAAGGAAGCGUUUACGAACUCCACGUUGUUCCAACGCAGCAAAAGCGCGAGUCGCGGCAGUCUGAGUGCUGGAUCGUCGCCAUUGCUGUUGCUGGCCACCUCGCACAGUGAUCAAAAUCUCUCGCAUAAAACCUAA